GAAAACUGCGCUCUUCUUGCACUCGUACUGUGGACACGUCACAGUUACCACCACAGGCUAUUCCUCGUCGCUAUUGAUGUUUUACAAACUAGAGUCAUUUUCAGUUGCCUCGAAUUCAAGACCUAGAUUCUAGAUCCAGCAGGAGCAAUUAUACUGCUUGAAACAUUUCAAUAUCAAAAAACAAUGGAAUACCAUUAUCCAUUGAGUGAAAAUCUGACCACUGUCUUUGAGAACCAAAAGUAUCAGGGGUUCCCUGGGGACUACGCCAAGACGUUUGCUGAUGUGCUAACGAUCGGACCGCGAGCUAUGCGACAAAUAUCUUUCAACAAUCACACCGUAGUGGAUAAAGUACCUCCGGAUAUGGUGCAUUUAAUCGAUCCGCAUUGGUAUCAGUUUCCACCGAUGGAUCCAAUGUGGCAUAAAAUUCUGGGCCUUGUGAUGAUUAUAUUAGGGCUUAUGGGAUGGAUCGGUAAUGGUGUUGUGGUAUAUGUGUUCCUGCUGACGCCCUCCCUCAGAACACCGAGCAAUCUUCUAGUGGUAAAUUUGGCAUUUUCGGACUUUAUCAUGAUGAUAAUCAUGUCGCCUCCUAUGGUGAUCAACUGCUACUACGAGACCUGGGUAUUAGGACCGCUAAUGUGCGACAUAUAUGCCAUGGUUGGCUCCUUAUGUGGAUGCGCUUCAAUAUGGACCAUGAGUGCUAUUGCUUUCGACCGAUACAAUGUUAUAGUGAAGGGUAUGGCGGGAAAGCCACUCACCAUCAAGAAAGCGCUACUCGAAAUUUUAAUAAUCUGGCUUUUCGCUUCAGUAUGGACAAUUUUACCCAUGGUGGGAUGGAACAGAUAUGUGCCAGAAGGUAAUAUGACCUCUUGUGGUACCGAUUACCUUACCAAGGAUUGGGUUUCGAAAUCAUAUAUCUUGGUGUACUCGAUAUUUGUAUAUUACACACCGCUGCUUACUAUAAUUUACAGCUAUUACUUUAUCGUUUCGACAGUGGCUGCUCAUGAAAGAGGAAUGAGAGAACAAGCGAAGAAAAUGAAUGUUCAAUCUUUGCGAACUGGAGAUAAUCAAAACAUAAGCGCGGAAGCAAAACUGGCAAAGGUAGCUCUAAUGACCAUUUCUUUAUGGUUUAUGGCAUGGACGCCGUAUCUGGUUAUCAAUUACACCGGUAUUUUCGGUGGUGCUAAUAUUAGUCCUCUUUUCACCAUUUGGGGAUCUCUCUUUGCAAAGGCAAACGCUAUAUAUAAUCCAAUUGUUUAUGGAAUUAGUCAUCCAAAAUAUAGAGCAGCGCUAAAGGAAAAGUUACCGUGUUGUGUAUGUGGCUCAACUGAAAAUCCAUCUACGGCUGCGAAAACUGCAGAAACAUCGUCCAUUGCUACGACCGCAGCGUAAUUCCGAACAAUGUAUUUAUAAUUUCUAAAUUUUGUGAUACAAUUAAGAUAUGUUUCUCGAGGAAAUCGACAAAUAAUAUUAGAUAUACACGAAUAUAAAUUAUCUAUGUAAAACAUGUGAACGUGUGAACUUGUAAAACUUCAAUAAUUGCGGAUUGCCGAUUAUGCAAAAAGCUACAUACGGAACUUUGAGUAGACUACUCAACUCUAUGAUAUGCUGUGUACAUGGCUAAAUUCUCAUUUGGUUUUAAAUCUCUUCUAUUCUUUACUUUUAUGCAGAUGUUAAAUAUUGCCUUUGCAGAGAUGAAUGAUAGGAGACACUUAGUGUCAAUUGUAGUAGGUUGAAGGAUAUUAUUCAAUAAAUCAUUUGGCAUGUAAUGA